AUGGCUUCCUUCAGCCCAGCCAAUCUCAGCGCCACCCUCUUUACCCUGCGUGGCUUCCCGGGGCUAGAAGGGGCACAUCAGUGGAUCGGCAUCCCCAUCUUCUCCGCCUACCUGGUUGCCGUGCUGGGCAACUGCACCAUCCUGUACGUCAUCUGGGCAGAGCCCAGCCUGCACCAGCCCAUGUACUAUUUCCUGGCCAUGCUGGCUACCACCGACCUGGGACUCUGCCUCACCACCAUGCCCACCGUCCUGGGAGUCCUCUGGUUCCAGCUGAGGAAGAUCAGCAAGCAUAGCUGCCUAGCUCAGCUCUUCAUCAUCCAUUCCUUCUCCUUCAUGGAGUCAGCCGUGCUCUUCGCCAUGGCCUUGGACCGCUUCUUGGCCAUCUGCUUUCCCCUGAGGUAUGCACUUCUGCUGACCACCAGCAGAGUGGCCAGAAUUGGCCUGCUCCUCCUGACCAGAAGCACCAUGCUCCUGGUGGCCCCCAUGGCAUUUCUCCAGCACUUCCCCUAUUGCCCAGGAGCUGCCCUUUCUCACUCCUACUGCCUUCACCAGGACGUGAUCCGCUUGGCUUGCGCCAGCACCACCUUCAAUACUUUCUAUGGCCUCAUUGUCAUCCUCCUCACCCUGGGCUCGGACCUCCUCUUCAUCCUCAUCUCCUACAGCCUGAUCCUGAAGACAGUCCUGGGAAGAACCUCGGGGGGUGAAGGCCCCCACAAGGCCCUGGGCACCUGCGUCUCCCACCUCUGUGCCGUCCUGGUCUUCUAUGUACCAGUCCUGGGGCUCUCCGUGGUGCACCGCUUUGGCCAGCACGCCUCCCCCCUUCUCCACGUCAUCAUGGGCAACAUCUACAUCCUCCUCCCGCCCCUGAUGAACCCCAUCAUCUACAGCAUCAAGACCAAGCAGGUCUACAGUAGGAUCCUCCGAAUAGCCUCAAUCAAGAGAGUCUGA